ACGUUAUGAUCCUGAAUGGGUCACUUAUCAGUAAAAAUCUUGUUUCUUACUUCAGGUCGCAUAGUAAUGGGCCUUUUCGGAAACACAGUUCCGAAAACUGCAGAAAACUUUCGGGCGCUUUGUACGGGAGAGAAAGGAAAGGGAAGAAGUGGGGUGUCUCUUCAUUAUAAAGGAAGCACAUUCCAUAGGAUUAUACCAAGCUUUAUGGUCCAGGGUGGUGAUUUCACCCGUGGUGAUGGAAGAGGAGGAGAAUCAAUCUAUGGUGAAAAGUUUGCUGAUGAAAACUUCAAGCUGAAGCAUUCUGGACCAGGAUAUUUAUCUAUGGCGAAUUCUGGGCAAGACACCAAUGGCUCCCAGUUUUUCAUAACCACAGUUAAAACCAGCUGGCUGGAUGGACGCCAUGUUGUAUUUGGCAAGGUACUUUCUGGUAUGGACGUAUUGUACAAGAUUGAAGCAGAAGGAAGUGAAAGUGGCUCGCCUAAGAACAAGGUCGUCAUAUCAGACAGUGGAGAAUUAACUUCAUGACAUGGUUUAUUUAUACAAGUUGAGAUUAUUCUACUGUGUUAACGAGCCAUCUUUGCCCAACACCAUGAUUCACAAACUCUGCAUAUUUCAUCAUUCAGUAGAUGAAUAAGUUUGCAGAUAUUAGUGUAAUUUAAGUCUGGAUUGUUGUUUUUGCAUGUUUGUUUGUCCACACUAGUCUUGCUAUAAUGGAAAACAAUUAGAGAUUGCCAGAGUGGGGAUACUCAUCAACAAUAUGCAUCAGGCUGUAGUGUGUUAUCUGAACUUUUCUUAUGUAAUAGGUACGAGGAUAGAUUAUUUAUUCAAGUGCAUCAUGUCGUGUCCUCUGCUA